AAUAAUUUCAGAAAACAAGGCUGAUGAAUUAUAAACUUGCGGUGGCGUUUACCUUUUUAAAGGGGAAGACCAAAGAAAAACUUAUCCAAACGGAAAAGAUUCUUAUUUCAAUAAGCUUCAGAAUUGUACUAGAUGUAAGGACAUGGUCAUUUUAUUUAUUGAAGCAAGAAGCAUUUGCCCCACGGAGGUAAAUUAAUCAAAUGCCAAGCUCAAGAAUGGAUAUUUAUAUAACAAAGGGGAUUACCAACCCAAACUAUCCUGGAUUUCAAAAAUUUGCGCAUACACUCUCUGAUGACUACAUUCAGUACUCUGACAUGGAAUGUAAUGAAAGCGAUUUAACGGAUAGCGACAGAGAGGACGACCAAAACACUUUUCAAAAUAAGGUUUUCAGCAAAACAUGUUCAGAAACGUUUGAAAAUACCCAAGAUUUGAUUUUGAAUAAGUGCGAUAAGCGAGCGUUCGAUAAUGGAAAUACAUAUUUAUCCGAGGAAAUUGGAAACCGGUCGUCAUCCCCAAAUAUACCGGAUAUUGUAAACAAAAAUUGUAAUGCCAUAUCAGAAAACUCUAUCCGAACUUCAAAUAAGCCGGACCUUAUUUAUAAUUUAAGUCAGAAUUAUAUGACCAAUUCUGACUUCUCUCCCUGGUCAUGUACAAAUAACUCUCAAUAUGAGGGCCAACUGCAAGGACAAAGUCCGAUCGAUAUCGUAGGAGAUUUUGGCGGAGAGGUCGAAAGGGAAUUCGAGCUGCUUAUCACUGGAUAUAAAAACAAGAAAGCACUAGAUGGGUUGCAGGGAUCAAAUUUGACAAAGAUUAGCGACGCAGAACUAUCAAAUGGAACAGAAGCUCUAAAGCAUACACCCUCGGCGCGAUUGUCUGGCCACAGCAGUCGCAAAAAUAAAAAGAAAAACACACCAUAUGGACUUGAGUUAACAAAAACUAAGCAUCAAAAACCGUCACAUGAUGAGCGACAGCUUCCACCGGACACCUUCGACUAUAAAACGUAUACCCAACGAAAAUACAUUAUUUGCGAUUCUGAAAGUUAUUCGUCUCAGAAAAACAAAAAUGAAUUGCAGAAUACUAAUCAGGGUGAAAUACCUAACAUGAGCAAUUUAGAAAUCGGACAAAGUCAGCAACAUCUUGAAGAAGACAAUCAGAAGGUGGCCAAUCGGAGGUACUUAAAUCAAUCAUGCUGGUCUCAAUACUUGGAAGAUCCUAUCAAGUUUUCCAAAGAUCCAUCCCCUACAAUGGUAUUAGAACAAUUUGAUGCAUACAAGGUAGCAAAUGAUAUGGACGUGGAAACUUUACAAAACCAUUUUAAAAAAGUUAAGCAAAUCGAAAAAAAGCGUCGCUUUAAUCGAGAUGAAAUCCGUAAAAGGUUGGCGAUUGGGGAUAAAGAUCCUUUAAAUAAUGAAAUAAAAAAAGAUGACUUUCUAACCGGAUCUGAUAAUGAAAGCUAUAGUUCUGACUCUGAAACGUGUCCUAAAUUAUCAAGUGGAGUACUUCGCAAGCAAUCGGAAAUUAGUGAAACAAAACUUAAUAAGGAAUUUGAAAACGAUAAAAUAUUUCAAAAGAACCAAAUCAAUCAAGAAAAAACCAUGAAUCAAACGAUUAAUGGUAACCCUAUUGAAAAACCUGAUUUUUCAUCAAAUGAAACAUUGUUUUUCUUUGCGAACCAAUCAAAGCUACAAAUAGAGGUUAGAAUAGCCCUCGCUCAAUCCAAGGAAAUAGCGCAAAUGAAAGUUAAGGCAAAAAAGCAUGGCGUCACACCCAUUGUGGAUGUAAUUCGGUCAAUGUUGUGUGAUGUUGGUAUUAAAAUGGACUCAAAUCAUCGGUGGAUAUCAAGACAGUUGCUCACCGGAAUACACGUUCCGGUUCUACAACUAUUGGUCAAUAAUCUUCAGAAGUAUAUUGAAAAUUUAAAUCUAACUCUACUAGAAAGUCUUAAGGAGCGAGACGAUCUAAAUUCGGACCAAGAUGAUAUACUACAUGAUCUUGAAAAAAUAAAUAGCUUUUGUUUUCCAACAGCAAUCUGGACAGCAGUCAAUAAAAUAAUUCAACACGGCCUUCUUUAUUAAAAACUUUAAAGUUGCAUAUAUUAUUAAAAAUUUGUUUACAAAUUUAUUUGUAUAAUUGAUAACAAUCUACCGAGACCGUUUAUAAAACACCUACUCAACAAAUGU